CGGCUUUUAUCAAGACUUUUGAUGAAACGAAAAAAAUACACGUGUUUUCAAAUAAAUCACAAUUGAAAAUAUACAAAGAAAUAUAUUUGCAACCAUGGAGAAAAGCAAUGUCAUUAGCACAGUAUUUCAACAUUCAUCUGUCAAAGUUGAUGAAGUUUGUACCAACUUAAUAGAGAGUAUUCAAGAUAGUCUAGAUCAAGGAUUCAAGUUUGAAGAUAUUUCCUCAUACAAUCACAAUCUUAGUGUGUUGAAAGAUCUUCUUUGUUGCCAUAGUAACAAGAUUAGUGAAGAAACUAGCAAGGAUAUUGAUGUAGAAAAUCUGUAUGGCUUGAAAGCAAAUGUUGUUGAAAAAGUUUGCUUACCUUUGUUAGAAUGUUUGUACCCAUCUACAGAUUCUAGGUCGGAUGUGCAAAUUUUAUUAGGAAUUGUUGGAAAGCUGGUGGCAGUUUGUGUACAGAGCAAUGAAGAAAUAUUGGCCAGAGUUCUUGAAUAUAUUGAAAUCAACAUUGAAAGAUACACGGAUGCCAAGCCAACUAGCUAUGAUUUACAGCAUGAUAAAUCUCUGAUAGACAUACACACCCUUCUAGAAGUUACAAGACAUGUGAUCAAUGCUGCUGCAAGAGAAAGAAUUGAUAAUGAGAAACUUGUUGCUAAGUUUAAGUCAAUAUUUAUGACGGUAACCAAGUGUCUAGAGUUUAUAUCUGUAGAGCUAAUUGGAAGCACAUGUGUUCCAGUUCUCCUGAAGGUUAUUAAAGUAGAUAUAAAAAAUGUCUCUGAAUAUGCUGAAUUUAUAUGGAAAUAUAUUCUGAACUUUUCACAGUUAAACGACAGAAGGAAACAAUUCUUACUGCUCUGUGGAUUUGCUAACUAUUUCUUCCCAGUAACAGGAGAAUUGUGCUGUGUAGAUGUUAAAUGUAAACAAGAGUUUUGGGAAAUUCUUCAGUCUGGAUUAAUUAACAAGGACUCUGUGAAUAGAAAGAGAUCUCUGUAUUUGUUAAAAAGGAUUGUAGAUAUAUGUGAAAGUACAUCUUUGGAGGUAAAUACAGAACAGUCACAACCAAUAUUCUGGUGGAGUAAAGACAGAUCUUCAGAGCUAUCAAAGACAUGGCAAGAUUUCAUGCUACUUGCAGAAGUUUUGGAGGAAAAACAGGUACAUGUCAUCAGACCUCUACUACCAAGAAUGAAACUGCUUGUGAAAGCCACAGAAACCACCACGAGGAAAGGACCACCUUUAUUACAUACCUCCUGGUUGAUGACAAUAAUAUUGAGAAGUUCAUAUCAUGAGAGUCUCCAGAUUAUAAGAUGGUCAGCGGAAACAAUUCUCUCCCUUGAUCUGUACAAGUGUCCUAUGAUAGAACAAGGUUUAGAUCAGUAUUUGACAGGAGAAAUGCUGUAUUCUCUUCAAGAGCCAAAACUGUAUGUGAGGGAACAAGGAUCUUCUCUUGGCACAAUGCCAGCCAUGGCUGAGAAGCUUGUCACUUUCUUUACAACAUGUUGGGAGGUCAUGUCACAGGAAAAACGAGGGCCAUUUUUCUGUCAGAUGAUAAAUAAUAUUUCUUCAAGACAUUGGGGCCCAGCAGCCUUACUCUUUAUCUGCAGGGGUCUAGCCCAGAUACCAUCAACAGCAUGUCUGGACAGAGAAACUGUUCAAGGACUUAGGAAAUUAUUGACAGGGUUUAUAGUUGCCAUAGAUACAUAUUUUCGAGGCAGCAUUCAAGGUUAUGUGGUACAGAUCUUGAUCAAACUUGUGGAUAAGGGUACAGUGCCUUUAGAAGAUCUUGCACAGAUUUUGUGCCUUGUAAGAAGAGAGGAGAGUUUACAAAGGGGAGCAACUCUAUGGACCAGCUGUGUCACAUGGUUUCAAGAAGGCGGAGCUGACAAAACAGACUGGGACCAUGAUGGAAUGAGAAAAUAUUUGGAAAAUAGUGUUACACAAUAUCUGCAAACCAGCCUAGACUCAAGAUAUACAACAGCAGAUUCAGCUACAGCUGUGAUGGUAGCCAGGUUACUGUUGCUAGCCUCAGAUGCUUCAAUAGCAACCAAGAUGGAUGACAGUAAUUCAAGCACUUUGAUCAGAAUCACGCAGACUCUUUCAUCAGUGUUAAAUUCCAUCAAUACACAUGCGUACAUGUCAACGCACAAGGCAGAUAAGGCACUUCUUCUGUUGUCACUAUUGAUGAAAGAGUCGAAACCUAAAGGCUACAUACAAGAUGAUGAUGUAAUGAAGGUGAUUAAUAGUACUGUAGAAAACUGUCAGUCAGAAUGUCUGGUGUAUGUUGGAAGACAAAUAUCUGACAAUAUCAUCUCUUUAUCAGAUUUGAGUGAGAUAGAACUAUAUAUGGAUUAUGUACAACUGUUAGCCAAGUCAGUACCUACAGUGAGAAAUGUUCAGUUUGAUAGACUGGUAGAUACAUGUAUAGGAAUUGUCAACAAACCACAGGAGGUCAUGAACUUAUCAAAGAAAAUGAAGCAGUUGUCAGCAGUUUGCAUUCUGGGAAGUUUAUCAUGCUUCCUGUCACAUGAUCUCACAAAGUCAUGUGACCAAGAUAGUAAAUGGCAUGUGGAAUUGAGAAAUAAAAUCUGUGAGAUGUUAAAGACAUGGAAGUUGACUUCAAACUUCACCAAACCAUCAGGUGAUCAAAGACUAAGUCAACAAGAAUGGGGAAAAAUAAGCUCCCUAUUCCUGGAGAAUCAGUGGCAGAUUGUAGAGAUGGCGCUGCAGCACAGUGCUGCCCCCUGGUGUGACAUGCUAGAGUUACUGGCCCUUGCAGAGGAUACAUUAUCUGUGGGAACAGAACAGACAUCUGUGAUAGUGCUAAAGUGCCUUAGGAUGAUUAUACCGAAGGUUAAAGAGAUGGUGACUGAGGACAAAUUGAUAUCUACUCUGGAAAUGUGCUGGGCAAGUUUUCAGGAGUCUCGUAGAAUAGUGGCAUUUUGGGACGUGUUAGAAGCAUUUGUGCAGGCAGCAUUUCAGCCAUGUUUGUUACAGCUGGAGGAAGGUUCUUUAGUUAUAGUAGCACUUACAGAGUAUGCAGAAAAGUUGAUAGAGGUUGGAAAGGACAAGAAUGGUGUGGUGAAUGCACUUGCCACUCAGCUGUGUAAGGUAUUGUGCGAGCCUGAUAUGUUACUUCAUGCUGACAAGUUUAUUACAAUCAUUGUAGACUUGUCUAUGUUUGGUGCUCUCAUCAGGAGGGGUGUCAGACAAGUGCAUGAUAUAUGUGCGGCAUUGGAAACAGAUGGUGAUUCCUGUCCAGCUCAUGGCCUUGUUAAACCAAUGUGCAAUGAAGAUGUUCUAGUCCGAGUCUCAGUCAUCAAUUUAUUGUGUCUACUGAAUCCUGACAACCAGUCUCACUGUUGCCUAGCAAUGAAGAUAAUGAAACGCUGUCUAAAGGUGUAUGAUGAUGUAGCUAAAGGCAGUACAAACAGGUUCUCUAAUAGCCAGGUCCAUAGACAAAGACACAGGUUAAUACAGACUGUAUUACUGUUACAGGACUAUGUAGAUGAACUUUGGAAGAUCAUCUGGGGCCAUUUAGAAUGUGAGACCCAGCCUUCAAUUAGGCAUCUGCUGGAAUGGGUUGCUAUGUGGCUAAUGCAUAGACAUAGGCACCUGAGAGAACAACUCUGGCUUCUAUUUGAAAAGUACAGAGAAACCAAGAAUCUGACUCUAUGUUCUCUAUUAUGUAUUGUUAUACAUAUGGGACCUCACCUGCCUACCAGUGAACAGACUGAAUACUUCAAACAGGCAAUACCUAACAUACUACCAUGGUGUAUGGCUCACCAUUUCCACACCAGGAUUUACUCUCAAGCCGUCAUGGCCAAACUUUGGGAACAGUGUCAUCAACUAGGUCUUCAUGACAUUGUGAAACAAAAUGCUAUACUUACCUGUAUUGUGGACUUUAGUCAGCAAAAUAGAAAUUCCACAAGAAAUGUUAAGAAACUGCUGGACAGUUUCUUCUUCAAGUUUCUGGACUUUGAGAGAGAUUUUACUCUUGAGACAAUAUAUAAAAUAAUGUCAAUGAUGACAUCACUGACAGAAGAGGACUGGAUCCAGCCGGAACAAUUUAUAGAGAACAGUUCUAUAUGGAAUGAUGGGACUGGUUCCAGUUUUAUUCAACUGAGAAAUGUUGCUAGGGACUUUGAGCAGUGUGAUCCCGGUUUGUGGAAAUACAUCAGUCUGAAGAAUCCAGCAGACGAAGAUGCAGCAGAAGACACUGUAGCAGACGACACUGAGAGUGAUGUACAGAAGAAGAUAAUGCCAUGGCGACAGAUGAUGAUGGACGAGGAAACAAUGUCAGAAGUAGAUCAUGGUGUGAAACAACACAUCGAGGGAGGGCUGGUUGUUGUUACUUCACUGAUAAACAAAGUGCCGAACUUGGGAGGUUUAUGUCGGACCAGUGAGAUAUUUGGUGUAUCAGAGUAUGUAUUAGGAAAGAUGGGAUAUGUAGAUGACAAAGCGUUUCAAGUACUGAGUGUGACUGCUCAUAAAUGGAUCCCAAUAACAGAGGUACAUGAGACAAAAUUGAUUGACUAUUUACAACAGAAACGACAGGAAGGUUAUACACUAGUGGGUGUGGAGCAGACAGCAAACAGUGUAUGCUUAACUGAAUACACGUUUCCUGAGAAAACCUUACUACUCCUUGGAAAUGAGAAGGAAGGUAUUCCUGUAGAGUUGAUUAGUUUACUGGAUGUGUGUGUAGAGAUACCUCAACAAGGUGUAAUUAGGUCAUUAAAUGUACACGUCAGUGGUGCAAUACUUAUCUGGGAAUACAGACGACAACAGCUGAUGAAAACAUGUAGCAGUUGAUGAUAACUAUUUAUUAGGAAAUAUUAUUUUAAAGAUAUAUUUUUUGAGGGUGAUUUGCAAGGCCAGAGAAAGCAUGUGAUCACAGUGUUUAAUGUAAUGAUAAUUUGUAGGUUAAAGUAUGUAAUUAUUUUUUGGACAUACGUAUUUCAAUUUUAAUGAAUAAAUCUAGUUUUUAAGUACUGUUUGUAAAACAAGCAUAAUUUAUAAAGCAAUAAUUAACAAUGUACUUUGGAGGCCCAUGAAGCCUUAAAGAUCCUGUAACUCAAUUUUUUUUUGUUAAUUAACAAUGUACUUUGGAGGCCCAUGAAGCCUUAAAGAUCCUGUAAC